GACAAAGUGUUGUGGGCGCGCGCCGGGACGGUGCCGAACGUUCCGUGGGCAGAUCUGCACAAACACUCCCACUAGUCACAAUAAGCACGUUGGAUUGCUUGCUGUCGCAUCUUCUGCCCACACAACAACCGCGGCAGAGAAUAUUUUGUUGGAAAGGAGUGCACCUCCCUGCCUUUUCAGCUGCAGAAUGGCUGCCGAGGUGAACGGCAGCUCCGCGCCGGUGAAGGAGGAGAUGGGUGAGGAGGUGAAGGAGGAGGAGGUGAGCGAAGAGAUGAAGAGCGAAGAGGAGCCCAUGGACAUUGGCGUCGCACACACGGAGAACUACCAGACGCUCAUCGACGCCGGGCUCUCUCAGAAAGUGGCCGAAAGGCUGGAUAACAUAUUUCAGACAGGGCUGGUGGCGUACGCCGACCUCGACGAGCGGGCGAUCGAUGCCCUGCGGGAGUUCAACGAGGACGGGGCGCUCUCCGUGCUGCAGCAGUUCAAGGAGAGCGACCUGUCCCACGUGCAGAACAAAAGUGCAUUCCUGUGUGGCGUCAUGAAGACCUACAGACAGAGAGAAAAACAGGGAAACAAAGUGCAGGAAUCCACCAAGGGCCCCGACGAGUCCAAGAUAAAGGCCCUCUUGGAGAGAACUGGGUACACCCUGGAUGUCACCACAGGACAGAGGAAGUAUGGAGGACCCCCACCAGAGGCAGUGUUUUCAGGGUCACAGCCCGGAGUCGGAACGGAGGUUUUCGUGGGGAAGAUCCCAAGAGACCUGUACGAAGACGAGCUGGUCCCCCUGUUUGAAAAGGCAGGCCCCAUCUGGGACCUGCGGCUGAUGAUGGACCCUCUGUCGGGGCAGAACCGAGGCUACGCCUUCAUCACCUUCUGCACCAAAGAGGCAGCACAGGAGGCUGUCAAACUGUGUGAUAACUAUGAAAUCCGGCCGGGUAAAUACCUGGGGGUCUGUGUCUCCGUCGCAAACAAUCGCCUGUUUGUUGGGUCGAUUCCAAAGAACAAGACCAGGGAAAGCAUAUUGGAGGACUUCAGCAAAGUGACAGAGGGCCUCAUGGAGGUCAUCCUGUACCACCAACCGGACGACAAGAAGAAGAACCGCGGCUUCUGCUUCCUGGAGUAUGAGGACCACAAGUCGGCCGCGCAGGCCCGGCGCCGACUCAUGAGCGGCAAGGUCAAGGUGUGGGGGAACCCGGUCACGGUGGAGUGGGCCGACCCGGUCGAGGAGCCGGACCCAGAGGUCAUGGCAAAGGUGAAGGUGCUGUUUGUGAGGAAGCUGGCCACGGCCGUCACGGAGGAGCUCCUGGAGAAGACCUUCUCUCAGUUCGGGAAGCUGGAGCGGGUGAAGAAGCUGAAAGACUACGCCUUCGUUCACUUCCAGGACAGAGACGCGGCCGUCAAGGCGAUGGAGGAGAUGAACGGGAAGGAGCUGGAGGGGGAGCAGAUUGAGAUCGUUCUGGCGAAGCCCCCGGAUAAGAAGAGGAAGGACCGGCAGGCGGCCCGGCAGACGUCCAGAAGCGCAGGGUAUGAUGAUUAUUAUUACUACCCUCCACCACACAUGCCACCACCCAUGAGGGGCCGGGGCCGUGGGGGCAGGGGGGGCUACGCCUACCCGCCAGAUUACUACAGCCACGAGGACUACUACGACGACUACUACGGCUACGACUACCACGACUACCGAGGCGGCUACGAAGACCCCUACUACGGCUACGACGACGGCUACCCUCCGCGAGGGCGCGGAGGCCGGGUGGGCAGGGGCGGCCCCCCUCCCCCCCGGGCCCGGGGCCCCCCUCCCCCCCGCGGGAGAGGGGGCUACCCCCAGAGGGGGGUGCCCCUGGGCGCGCCGAGGGGCGGGCGAGGGGGCCGGGGAGGCCUGUCCCAGCAGCCGAGGGGCCGAGGCGCCCGGGGGGCCAGAGGGAACCGCGGGGGGAACGUGGGCGGGAAGAGGAAGGCCGACGUGUACAACCAGCCGGACACCAAGCGCCGCCAGACCAGCAGCCAGCAGAACUGGGGGUCCCAGCCCAUCGCCCAGCAGCCCCUGCAGCAAGGUGCCGACUAUUCCGGUAACUAUGGCUACAGUAAUGACAACCUGGAGUUUUCUCAGGAUUCUUAUGGGCAACAGUGGAAGUAGAUUCCAGUGAGGCUAUUGGGCAAAGAAAUAAAUGAAUAAAUAAAAACAAGGAAAUUGACAGCAACCUUUGAUUGGCUUUUUAUCUUUCAUGCUUCACCUCUAAAAUGAAAUA